AGAUUUUUAUUGUUUCAUUUAUUAACCUUUGAUUUCUGCCUUGGUGUGUCUUCUUUCAAUCGUGUCUCCUCAUGUUAAUAAAUCAUGAGGAGGAGAACCACAACAACCAGAAGGCUGCUUGUUGUUGUGUGUCCUUGUCUAAAAGUCACUGUGGGAAUUCAGCAAAUCCAGCUGAAAACCAUUCAGCAGCUUCCGCACUUCCUGCCGCCUGAAUGCUGCGAGCAAUCAACAUUAAGAUCUCUCACUCCGUGUUAGUGUAAGAGCAGAUUAAAGCAAUAUCCCAAACACUGCAGGCUGAUCUCUGCUCCGUCCCAAACCGAGCAGCAGCAGCAGCAGCAGUUUUGUCUUUUGGUUGGUGGCAGGAAGGGAACAUGUGGUCACGCAGCGGCCAAUGCUGAGCUCAGAGCAAGCAAUCGGCGGUGUCAGAACAGAGCCAUCAGCGCCUUUCUGUGCAGAAAGAAAUCCCUCUUAAAAAGACAAGAGCAAAAGAGAGGAAGAGAACGAGAGAGAGGGAGGGAGGGAGGAUUUGGUUACGGAGCAGAAAAAGAUGAGGAUGCAGAGGGAAGUGGAUGUUGCAGAGGAAGCUGUAGGGAGGUGAAAACAAACAUCACAACAGUCCCAGGAUGUAGGCGCUGAUUGAUCCGAGGGUGUCUGUGAACGCACCGUUACGUCCGAGGACUUGUUGUGUUUCAAGGAUAGUGAAGGUGGAAGGCUGCAACCGGAGAUGCACCCCCGUCUACUCCCACUCAUAGGAUGACAAAUUAGUGUUUACAAAGGCGAAGGAGCAAGGAAUCAAACCCUAGGAUCGUUGCUCUGUUUUUGAAACACGCUGAGCUGUCAGUGUGGAAGAAGCGAGGCUUGACACCUCUUGAUGUGCCGUCGCUAUCCUGGAUCAGAUGUUGUCCACAGCUCAGCAGAUGCUGCAGGACAGCCGCUCCAAGAUUGAGCUGAUCCGACUGCAGAUUAUCAAAGUCACCCAGGCUGGUGGCGGCGGCGGAGAAGGUGGAGGAAACCAAAACAUCCCUGCUGAUGGAGAAACGUCUCCUGUAGCUGUCAGUCCCGCGGACGCUCGCUUGGCAGAGCUGCAGCACUACAUGCAGAGAGAAACCGAUGCGCUGGCGCUGCACAGAGACGUGGUGAAGCAGCUGCAGGGCAUCUCAGAGCUGGACCAGAACGCUCUGGCUGAGGCUCGAGUUCGGGUGCAGGAAUCCUCGCAGAAGCUUGAACUUCUCCGAUUAUCGCUGGAGAAAUGCCUGCAGGAACAGAACCACGAUUCUCCACGGCUUCCUGCGGAGGCGAUCGAUCCUCCGGAGGGAACGGCGUCGCCUGAAGAACGCAGAUUGUCGCGUCCGCUCCCAACCUCGCCGUCCAUCUUCCCCGUCCGACCUGCAUCUCUAACUGGGAAACUUGAACUGAGACUGCUGGGAUGUGAGGAUUUACUGAAACCCCAGUCAGAAUCAGAGCAGGAAAAUCCUUCGGUUCCCUCUGAAAACGGUUUGGCUGUUCUUCAUAAGACUGACGGAUCGCUGACCGAGGUCAGUGCGGUGCUGCGGCUGGACGGCCGGGUCGUCGGCCGGACGCGCUGGGCUGCAGUCGGUGGCCUCAGCUGGGAUCAGGUGUUCUACAUCCAGCUGGAGCGGUCUCGAGAGCUGGAGGUUUGCUUGUUCUGGAGGUACCGGAGGACGAUGUGUGCGGUCAAGAUCCUGCGUCUGGAGGAGUUAAUGGGGAACCCAGACCACAACCAUGGCUUCAAUCUGGAGCCGCAAGGCCUCCUCCACAUCCAGUUUCAGUUCAUCGACACCGUGGUGGAGCGGCAGCCUAAACUGAGACGUCAGCGAUGCAUUUUCACAAAAGAGAGAGGAAAGAAUUUCCUCCGAGCUGCUCAGAUGAACAUGAACUUUGCCACCUGGGGCCAUCUGAUGAUGAGCAUCCUCCCUCACUACAGCUCUUUCGCCACCUUCAGCUCACAUCUCUCCACAACGUCGGACCUGAUCGGACACAGUCCUCCGAAUCCGACGGAAAAGAAGCCUGAUCCGACAUCUUCACUGCCAAGCAAAACUCCGCUAAUUAGACUGAGUGUCACUGAGGACCAUCCGCCUCCCAUCGACAUCAAGCAGCAAGAAAACAUUAUCACUAAAGAAGAGAAGACAUCAUCAGUGCCUGCACUGCAAGAAAAACUGAUUUCCAUACACCCACCUUCCAGUCCAAACACCGCAGAAGAAUGUGAGGAUCAGCCCGUAUCUCCUCUGAAGAUGAAGGUUGAAGAUUUUAAAUAUACUUCAGUUCUGGGAGGAGGACACUUUGGAAAGGUGCUACUGGCCGAGUUCACGAAGACAGGACGACUGUACGCCAUUAAAGCCUUGAAGAAACGAGACAUUGUGACUCGUGAUGAAGUGGACAGCCUUAUGAGCGAGAAGCGGAUCUUUGAGAUGAUCAACGCCUCCAGACACCCCUUCCUGGUCUACCUUCACGGCUGCUUCCAGACCGCUGAUCAUGUCUGUUUUGUCAUGGAGUAUCUACCCGGCGGCGACCUGAUGAUCCACAUCCACACUGACGUCUUCUCAGAAGCUCAGACCAGGUUCUACUCAGCUUGUGUCCUCCUGGGUUUAGAGUUCCUGCAUCUGAAUAAAAUCAUCUACCGAGAUCUGAAGCUGGAUAACAUUCUCAUGGAUGCUGAGGGAUUUGUUAAAAUCACAGACUUUGGACUUUGUAAAGAAGGGAUGGGCCAUGGAGAUCAGACCUCGACCUUCUGUGGGACUCCAGAGUUUCUCGCCCCAGAGGUUCUGACUGAUGACACCUACACCCGCGCUGUGGACUGGUGGGGGAUGGGCGUCCUUAUUUACGAGAUGCUAGUUGGAGAGUCUCCGUUUCCUGGUGAAGAUGAAGAAGAAGUCUUUGACAGCAUCGUUAAUGACGAUGUGCAGUAUCCAGCGUCUCUUCCCGCUGAUGCCGUUUCCAUCAUGCAGAAGCUGCUGAAGAAAAACCCGUUGAAACGACUCGGAGCCGGAGAGAGAGACGCAAACGAGGUCAAAGGAGAGAAAUUCUUUGAGACCAUCGACUGGGAAGCCCUGAUGGCCAGGAAGUUAACGCCGCCGUUCGCGCCGUCGAUCAAAGAGCCCACAGAUGUCAGCAACUUUGACAGCGACUUCACUCGACUCCAGCCGGUCCUGUCUCCGCCCUCCAAGCCCUUCAGCCUCUCGGCGGAGCAACAGGAGGCUUUUGCAGACUUUGACUUCUGUGCUUUGCAUGGUUGAGCGAAGGACUGGAGAUGCCGGGGGGAAAUUAUUAGCGCCAAUUUCUCGGCAUUACUGCCGGCAGCAGGUAGCAAACCAGUACCAAAUAUGCAUGUUGCCAAGUAUAAUCAUCCAGUGUUGACUUCAGUAGUAGAGUUUGCAAGAACACUGAUGUUAUUUGUUCUAGCGCUGCAUUAGCUGGUCAAUACGGAGGACGAUUAGGGCCAGUAGCAGAGGUCACGUUAACGGAAUAUUUUUCAUAUUUGACCGGUUAAUUUUUUAAACGACGGGAAAAUUUGACAGGAUAUAAUUAACACCCUUGACUGGUGCACAUGCUCAGACAUUAUAGACUUUAUGCAAAGAGUUAAUCGCAGAGGCAACUAAAUUCAAUCAAUAAAAAAAUUCUUUCUGAAUAUCAUUUCAUGGACACUGAACUAAAUGCGUCUUUCUGACCGGGAGCUGACAGCGUGUUGAAGAGAUAUGGACCGGACGCUUCGGAGAAUCUGGGUUAGGAAGCGCAUAUCAAAACUUUGGUAGAAAUGGCGCGUUUAAUUCAAGUCUCCAUUACAUACAGAACAGAGAAAACUAAAGAGAAAGCAAUGUUGAGCUAAUCCAUUUAUAGUCUAAACAGACGACCCGGCAGCUUAUCUUGAGGAAAUAAAUCUGCGAAGAUUUAAACUUAACUCAUCCAGCGGUUUUAACAAAUGGAGCUGGAAGACAUUACCCUCCCGGCCCAGAAGGAGAGCGGCGCUCAGAAGCGUGGCAGACGUAACAUCUGUCCGUUUCGGGGAAGCGAAACCACGCAAAAAAAAUCCUUGUAAAAGCCCAGGCCCGGACCGCACAGGGUAAAAAAUAGUUCAAUUGAUCGGUUUGGAUCAGACAGAUUCAACUGACCGAUGAACCAUCGCAGAUUUCUUUGUAGAUGCGACCAAGAGGAAUUUGUGAGGCUGUGCGUUCAGACCGCAGCGGGUGAAGUGCUGGUAAUUUAAGUGGAGUCGCUUAAUAUAAUUUCUUGAAAGUUAUUGGGGCCACAGUCAAUGGUUUUUGUCACGGAGAAAAAGUUAGAUGCAUUCAUCUGUUUUAUGUGUGACGGGAUCUGGAUUCACUGUCCAACGCAUAAAAAUGCAGCUAAAUAGCUGAUGUUAAUGGGAUUAUAAUUUGACGGGUAAAAAUAGUACAUGACCGAUUUUUUUAAAAUGCUGUCGGUCAAAAUGAUGGAGAACAAAAAAGCCUAGCGUGACCAAGGUCAGUCACGCUAGGCCACGCUCUGCUCAGUAGAAAAAAUUAAUUCAGAAUUAUGAGUUUAAGGUGAAUAUUUUGAGAUUAAAGUUAAAAUUCUGAUAUUAAAGUCAGAAUUUUUAAUUUAAAAACAAAUUCUGAGAUUUAAGUGAACAUUCUGUAAAAAAGUAAGACUUUUUUUUUUCUUCCGUAGGUCAAUAUUUCAGUGAAAUGGUGUAAAGUUAAUCCUCACUAUCAGCCCUUUACAAAGCCUCACUUUAGACUCUGGUAACCUCUGUUUGCUCUUGAUUGUUACACCAUGUAGACCUCAAUGACUGAUUAUAGAAGAUAAAUUAGGCAUAGCGCAACUGAAAGUGGUAUUGAUCUGUUUUGACAAGCAGGACUUUCAUCUUUUAAAUCAGUUUAAAUCUCACCGGAUCACAUUUAAAGAAAGUCUCCUGUCCCAGUGUUGACAGCAUCUUUGAAUGAAGCGGCUCAGUCAUUUACAGACAAGACAAAGCUAUCGAUGCGAAAACGCUCAGUCAACAGCUAGCUGUCGAUGAGGUAAACAAUUCAUUAUUUUUAGCCAAGCAGAGUACAUGCUGGUGGACAUUAUCAUCACCUGUGUGGAGGUUUAAACUAUGAUCCGACUUUGUAAUCACAAAGUAAGCUAACACGUUGGUCACUUUAUGCCUCUAGCUUAGCGUUGUUUCUGUAAAACAUAUCCGCUCUAAUUGAAUACAUUGGAUGCUUGAAGAAAAUAUUACAUUAUUUAAUAUUUUGUAAAAUUUUUUUAGUUUAUUUUUCUAGAUUAGUCUAACAAGAACAAAAAUAUGUUCUAAAUAACUGUGGAGACGCAACACGUUUUUACUAAAGAUGUGUUGAAAAUGUUCACUCGCUCACUCUUCUUGCUACAUAAAGAAGAAAGUUGCAGAUAAGAUGCAUAAUUAUGCUGGAAUAUCCCCAAAUAAUGUUCCGCCAGUGGAAUGUACUGAAUUAUAAUCCUAAAACUAAAGCUAAUCCUAAAUCCUGACCUGGUGGGAUGCAUUAUUCAGCUGUUUUGACUUAAAAUUGGCCUAUCUAUCUUAAUGAUGCUAACAAAUGUUUUUAAAACUAUUAGACCUACUGGUACUUGUAGCGAUAUCGUGUUGUGGAAAUUCAAUACUAUUUUAAAACAGCUAAAACCCGCAUUUGUUAUAAUGCCUACAUUUAAAAUCUAUAUUGUUUCUUUGUUAUUAAGAGUCAUUGUGGAAAGUCCAAUGAGUGCUAGCCUGACUAUGAGAAGCUGUUAGCUUAGCUUUGAUUCACUGAGGUAGACCACGGCUGUAAAACACAUAUUUUAUCUUCAUAUUUACUCCAAAAUAAUCCCAAUCAAAACAUAAAAUAAAUUCAAAUUUGUAAAAUAUAAAUACUUAUAUUCUAACUUAGUUGUAAAUUAUUGCUAAUUUUAGUGUUCCAAGGGGUAAAUAAUCAAUUUUCUUUGCUCAAAUCAAUUGUGCAACGUGUUUAAAACUAUUGAAUAUUUUACAUAUCUUUAGGCUAAGAGCUACACUUUGUGACUCACAUGGCUGUCUUAUCGUCACAGGGUUACAAAAUUUCACUACAAUUGAAACAUUCAUUACAAUAUAUUCAAUAUAUUAAUUUAUAUAUCUAAUGUAAAUAAAUGAGUCACAUUUAUUAAUACCAAACCAGCCAGUUAAGGCCUUUUAAGACAGAUUUAGCUUGCUUUGUGGCCUUUGCUUAUUAUCUUUAGUUAUUUACAGUAAUUAACCUUUAUGGGGACCUUCUGCAGCCGUUUCUAUGCAUCACUGUGAAAGGCUUUGCUCACUGCCUUGAGGAAUAAACAAGCUAACCCAAUGUGUGAUUUCAAAUGUUUAGUAAAUAUAUUUCACAUAUUAACUGUAGCAGAGACAAGUCGUAACAUAUCAGCCCCUUCCAAACCGUCUGGUUUAUGUUUUUGCUACAACGCCAUGGUUAGCUUGUGCACCAGAGAUCCUGUAAUAGCUAGCGUUACAAAAGAAGCCAUAGAUAAUAUAUUAUAGCCAUAGCUGUAGCUAAAUGUCUGCAUAUUUAUUUUUGCAAGUAAAAUGCUGUCCCACUGAGUUUGGAUUGGUAAGAAAAAAAAGAAACAAUGAAGGGUGUAAAAGGGGAAGAAUGCUGAUAUUUUUCUUUAAAUGCAACAUAUUUUCAAAACAAAAGUUUCAGCUUUACAUUUAGUUCUUUUGUUUUUAUAUUAGUUCAUGAGACAUUGAUGAAAUCAUUUCUGUUUGGUCAAAAUACAAAAGGUUUAAAGCACCAAAAGCACUUUAACCUGCAACUGACUUUUACGUUUUGAUUCGCUACAUUAACAAAAUCCUAUGGAAGCCUAUUCCUGCCAUAGAAGGUCUUGGUAGAGACAAACUUUAAAGAUGGCUUUAUAACAACAACAAAAAAACUUAAUUGUCUUGAUAAUUCACAUGGAUUAUGACUUUUAUUAUUGUGGUUAUGACUUUAAAACUCGAAAUUGUGACAUUAAAACUGAAAAUUGUUACUUAUUGCUAAGUAAUAAUUAAAAGUAGGAUUAUUACUUUUAUUCUCAUGAUUAUAACUUUAAAGCUUGAAAUUAUGAUUUUGUUGUCAUAAUUAUGACUGUUAAAGGUGAAAUUAUGACAAUGAAACUGAAAAUUUACAUGCUGUUUGGUUUAUAACAUUAAAGCUCAAAAUUAUGACAGUACAAAUUUUAAUUAUUUCCUAUUAUUUGGAUUAUGACGUUAAAACUCAAAAUUAUUUCUUACUCUGAUGAAUAGGACUUUAAAACUAUAAAUUAUGACUUUUAUUAUUGUGAUUAUAACUUUAAAGCUUAUAAUUACAACUUUCUGUUGGGCUUUUAUAUUCUCUUAAGUGGCAGCAAUGGGAUUCCUUAAAAUAAUAAUAAUUUUAACUAAAAUUUUUAAUUCUUCCACUUAACUAACAGCUCAAAUUGUCAACAUUUAAACCCAGAUUAUUGCCAAAAUACACGUUCAUUGACAAGAAAUGGACAAAAAAGUCAAAAGUUUUCCAUAAGGAACAACAAAAACUGACAAAUACUUGAUAUCAAAAGUCUAGAAAAGUUAACUCCAUCUAUCAAAAAUCCAACAGUCAGUGUUGAUUUUUGACAUUUUAUGCAUGGCAUCUUGAAUCCUGCUGGAUUGUAAUUUGUCUAAAAAGUAUUGAUAAAUUCUUAACACAAAUAAAAUAAUUUUACUUUUCAUUUCCAUUUCAAGCAUGUGAAAUUUACAACAAUCAUGGCUUCUCCUAUUUUUCCUGACACAAAAA